GGAAAAGAAGAAAAAAAAACACACAACAGUCUAUCCGUACGAGUAAACAUAAAAGUAAGGGAGCUCAGGGGUAAAUUCUGCCUCAUAGCUUUUCUGUACAUCCUAUUAUUUUCACUACCCCCCCCCUCCCUACGAUUUUUCCUUUUCACCACCGUAUUAUAUAUCUUUUCUAACCAAACCAGCAUUUCAUUUUAUUUCAUUUCAUUCCCUUUCCUUCUCUUCUGCGACCCACCUCCUCUUAGUUGAUCUAGGAAGGCAGAGAAGAAAAAGAAAAAAAAAAUCGGUCUUUUUCUCGAUAAUUUAACGAUAAGCUCCCCGUUUACCUCUGAGGUGGAAGGGUUUUGAAAAAGAGGGACCUUGAACCAGUACAGUACAGUCAGUACAUUACAGUAACAACAACGCAAACAUGCCUGCGAUUUUCACGACUCCCAUUAAGCGUGCCAACCAUUAUGCUGUUCUUGGUGUCACUGCCGAUGCUUCGGACGCUGAGAUCAAGAAAGCGUAUCGAACGCUUGCCUUUGCACAUCACCCCGACAAGAAUCCAGGGAAUGUGCAGAGCGCUACUGAGAAGUUUACUGAGUCAUUUGGUGGAAGUGUGGGAGGUGGUUCCAUUCGAUACUCUUUGUUCCCAUUGAGAGCAAGUUUGGAAGAAAUGAGCAAAGCGGCUUAUAGGAUAUACGGUGAUAUCAAGGUCAAGGAAGCAUACGAAGUAUUGAACGACCCAGAGCAGCGGGAGAAAUAUGACAAAGAACUCGGAAGAUACAGCCUCAAGAGCUCGAGUUCAUUCCCAGGUGAGCAACGCAAAAACUCCGACAUUUGUAUCUACAACUAA